AAGGACGAAGAAGUAACCUUCCGCUUUCGUCCGGUUACAAAACCAAAGCUGAGCACUGAAAACACUGCAAACAGAUCGGACUUGAACUUCCAUUAUCUCGCGGCGAAUGGGGUUUGACAAGUUCUGCAGUCUGGACAGUUCCGAUCCAUUUUGGGAUUGGAACCGUACAUGGUACACAGCUAACCCAGACCUCACCCAGUGUUUUCAGAACACUGUCCUAGUGUGGCUGCCAUGCCUCUACCUCUGGACGUGUGCGCCCAUCUACCUCCUCUACCUCCGCAGCCAUGACAGAGGCUACAUAUGUAUGAGUCACCUCAACAAAGCUAAAACUGCUGUCAGCCUCCUGCUAUGGAUUAUCUGCUGGUCAGAUGUAUUCUAUUCUUUCUGGGAAAGAAGUCAUGGCAGCAGCGUCCCAGCCCCCGUACACCUAGUCAGUCCAACCUUACUGGGCCUCAGCAUGUUGCUGGCCGCUCUGUUAAUCCAGUAUGAACGGAUGAAAGGGGUUCAGUCGUCUGGAGUAAUGCUGAUCUACUGGCUCCUGGCUCUGCUUUGUGCCACAGUCACCUUCAGGUCUAAGAUCCUCCAGGCCCUGGACCAGCCGUUGACGGUGUGUGUCUGGAGGUACACCACCUUCUAUAUCUACUAUGCCCUGCUGCUGGUUGCUCUGUUCCUGUCCUCCCUGACGGACCAGCUGGCCCUCUUCUCCCAGGCCGUUAAAGACCCGAAUCCCUGCCCUGAGCCUGGAGCUUCUUUCCUCUCCAGAAUAACCUUCUGGUGGAUCACCAGGAUGAUGGUGACGGGCUACAAACGCCCACUGGAGGAGAAGGACCUGUGGUCCCUGAACUCUGAGGACCGCUCCCAGAGAGUGGUUCCACAGCUGGUGUGUCGCUGGAACACAGAGUGCCAAAAGGUCAAAAGGACAGAGCAGAAAACCUUGUAUUCCCCCAAGCGGGUCCUGCACAGUGAGGGCAAAGAGGGCCAAGCUGUGGAAGAGUCUGAAAUCCUGAUUGUAAAAACCCCCAAGAAAACAAAGGAGCCUUCCCUUUUCUGGGCGCUGUGCCUGACCUUUGGGCCCUACUUCCUCAUCUCCUGCCUCUAUAAGAUCAUCCAGGACAUCCUCAUGUUCGUUGGGCCCGAGAUCCUCCGGCUGCUGAUCCGCUUCGUCAACAACUCCAGUGCCCCGUCCUGGCAGGGCUACUUCUACACCGCUCUGCUCUUCAUAUGUACCUGUGUGCAGUCGCUCAUCCUCCAGAAGUACUUUCACGUCUGCUUUGUCUCAGGCAUGCGCCUGCGCACUGCCAUCAUCGGAGCUGUCUACAGGAAGGCCUUGGUUAUAAGCAGCGCAGCACGCCGCACCUCCACAGUUGGAGAGAUCGUCAACCUGAUGUCAGUGGACGCUCAGCGCUUCAUGGACCUUAUCACUUACAUCAACAUGAUAUGGUCUGCCCCUCUGCAGGUGGUGCUAGCCCUCUACUUUCUCUGGCAGAACCUGGGGCCAUCAGUACUGGCUGGAGUGGCUGUAAUGGUUCUGAUGGUUCCUGUGAAUGCUGUCAUCGCCAUGAAAACCAAAACCUACCAGGUGGCUCAGAUGAAGAGUAAAGACAGUCGCAUUAAACUGAUGAAUGAGAUGCUUAAUGGCAUCAAGGUGCUGAAGCUGUACGCCUGGGAGCUGGCUUUUAAGGACAAGGUGUCAAAAAUCCGUGAGAGUGAGCUGCUGGUCCUGAAGAAGGCCGCCUACCUGGGUGCAGUGUCCACCUUCACAUGGGUCUGUGCACCUUUCCUGGUCGCCCUGUCCACUUUCACAGUGUACGUGCUGAUCGACGAACAUAACGUGCUCGACGCUCAGAAGGCCUUUGUGUCUCUUGCUCUCUUCAAUAUCCUGCGGUUUCCUCUCAACAUGCUGCCAAUGGUCAUCAGUAGUAUGGUGCAGGCCAGCGUGUCCUUGAAGCGGCUGAGAGUGUUUCUAUCGCAUGAGGAGCUGCAGGAAGACAGCGUGGAGCACAAAGCAGUAGCAGGCUCUUCAUACAGUAUCUCCAUAGUGGAUGGAGUUUUCUGCUGGUCCAAAACUGAAUCACCGACACUCAAGAAGCUGAAUGUGUGUAUCCCAGAAUGUUCUCUGGUGGCCGUGGUGGGACACGUGGGUUCAGGAAAGUCCUCGCUGCUCUCUGCGUUGCUCGGAGAGAUGGACAAACUAGAAGGAACUGUGGCUGUCAAGGGUUCUGUGGCCUACGUUCCCCAGCAAGCCUGGAUCCAGAAUUCCACAUUGAAAGACAACAUAAUUUUUGGUCAGGAGAGGAGAGAGGCCUGGUAUCAGCGUGUGGUGGAGGCAUGUGCCCUUCAGCCUGACCUGGAGAUCCUUCCUGCUGGAGACGAGACCGAGAUUGGAGAGAAGGGAGUGAAUCUGUCUGGAGGUCAGAAGCAGAGAGUGAGCGUGGCCAGGGCUGUCUACUGUGACCGCGCCGUCUACCUGCUGGAUGACCCGCUUUCUGCCGUCGACGCUCACGUAGGAAAACACAUCUUUGAUCAAGUCAUCGGCCCACAGGGACUGCUGAAGGACAAGACUCGUGUGCUUGUGACCCACGGGCUGAGCUACCUGCCCCAGGCUGACCUGAUCCUGGUCAUGGUAGAGGGAGAGAUCACAGAGAUGGGCUCCUACCAGCAGCUCAUGGCCAAAGAUGGCGCCUUCGCUGAGUUUCUGCGAACAUACGCUGCUGUCGAGCACACCGAUGACACUGAAUCUGUACCAAAGAGUGGAACCAAAGAAAAAUUAGAGAAUGGCAGUGCAACUGCUGUUGUUGGCAGCAGUCCGGGUGACAGCAGUGUUUCCCAACCGUCCCAGACAAGCAAGGAGGACAACAUUCUGAGCAAGAAGACCAAGAACCCCGAUGUGGGCAAGCUGACAGAGGCGGACAAAGCCAGUACUGGACAGGUCAAGCUUUCUGUGUUCUGGGCCUAUCUGAAAGCCAUCGGAAUGCUUCUGUCCUUCAUCAGUCUGCUGCUGUUCCUCGCCCAUCACCUGGGCUCCCUGUUCUCAAACUACUGGCUGAGCCUGUGGACUGACGACCCUGUGGUUAAUGGCACUCAGCCUGACAGGAUGAUGAGACUCGGGGUGUAUGGAGCUCUUGGCCUUUCCCAGGGUGUGGCAGUCUUUGGUUACUCUCUCUCCAUGUCCAUCGGGGGCAUCCUGGCGUCCCGCUGCCUCCACCAGUCCAUGCUGUAUGACGUCCUGCGCUCACCUAUGUCCUUCUUUGAGCGAACCCCCAGUGGCAACCUGGUCAACCGCUUUGCCAAAGAGAUGGACACCAUUGACUCAGUGAUCCCUAGCAUUAUUAAGAUGUUCAUGGGCUCCAUGUUCAAUGUGUUGGGUGCAUGUGUUAUCAUCCUGAUCGCCACACCGUUGGUUGCCAUCAUCAUUCCUUUUCUUGGUGUGCUCUAUUUUUUUGUGCAGAGGUUUUAUGUGGCGUCCUCUCGCCAGCUGAAGCGUCUGGAGUCAGUCAGCCGUUCACCCAUCUACACCCACUUCAAUGAAACAUUGCUGGGUACCUCCGUCAUCCGAGCCUUUGGUGAACAGGAACGCUUCAUCCGUGAGAGUGACCAGCGCGUCGACCACAACCAGAAGGCUUACUACCCCAGCAUAGUAGCAAACAGGUGGCUGGCAGUCCGCCUGGAGUUUGUAGGAAACUUCAUUGUGUCAUUUGCUGCCCUGUUUGCUGUCAUGGCCAGAGAGAGCCUCAGUCCAGGCAUCAUGGGACUGUCCAUCUCCUAUGCCCUCCAGCUGACUGCCUCUCUGACCUGGCUGGUGAGGAUGUCCUCUGAUGUGGAGACCAACAUAGUGGCUGUGGAGAGAGUGAAAGAGUACGCUGACACAGAGAAAGAGGCAGAGUGGAAACUCGAAUCCUCCAGCCUCCCCUCAGGUUGGCCCACAGACGGCUGCAUAGACAUCAGAGGCUUUGGCCUGCGCUACCGCCACGAUCUGGACCCGGCCAUUCACGACAUCACCAUCUACAUUAAUGGAGGAGAGAAGGUGGGGAUUGUGGGGCGCACUGGAGCGGGGAAGUCAUCCCUGACACUUGGGCUGUUCCGCAUCAUCGAGGCAGCCGAGGGCCACAUUUUCAUUGACGGGGUGGACAUUGCUAAGUUGGGCCUCCAUGAGCUCCGCUCCAGAAUCACCAUCAUACCACAGGACCCAGUGCUUUUUUCAGGCACUCUGAGGAUGAACCUGGAUCCUUUUGACAGGUACUCUGAUGAGGAAAUAUGGAGGGCUCUGGAGUAUUCCCAUCUCAAGAACUUUGUUUCUGGCCUGCCCAACAAACUCAGCCAUGAGUGCAGUGAAGGAGGAGAGAACCUCAGCGUGGGUCAGCGGCAGCUGCUGUGUCUGGCCAGAGCUCUGCUGAGGAAGACCAAGAUCCUGGUUCUAGAUGAGGCCACAGCAGCUGUGGACAUGGAGACAGACAACCUAAUCCAGUCCACCAUCCGCUCUCAGUUUGAGGACUGCACCGUCCUGACAAUUGCUCAUCGCCUUAACACCAUCAUGGAUUACACCAGGGUCCUGGUGUUGGACAAGGGAGAGAUGGCAGAGUUUGAUGCUCCCUCCAAUCUCAUCGCUCAAAGAGGAGCCUUUUACAAGAUGGCCAAGGACGCUGGGCUGAUCUGAAAGCAGGAGGUGCCUCACUUUGUCCGGAUGCUCCUCUGAGCCCCUCCCUGCUCCUCUGGCUCCCAGCUGUGGAGGUCCCGAGUUAAACAGUGAGGGGGAGAUAAAGUAGGGGAAUUGUUAACAUUUAGAGUGUCUGACUAUUUAAGCAAGGAUGUUGAUGAGAACGAAGGAUUUGAUUUGACGUGGUCCACCCUACACUUCUGUCCUCAUUUAACUACACUAUGUUUGUUCCAAACAACCCUGCUUCUUCCAGAUCAUGUCUGCAAUACCCCCUGUUUGUUCCGCCUCUUUUACAUUCUUUCACUGCUUUUUCUGUCAUGGAAGAGGGGGUGAAAAGUCUUAACAAGGGAUGUUCUGUAUUUGGCUUUUAUUUUGACAGAGCCUUGUGCUUGCGUUUGAGAAAAGAGGGAGAGUUUUGCUUCCCUGCAGACAGAAGUCCCUGCAGUCUGUCUCAUACACAGUUCACUUCUGUGUAACCAGUGCUGAGGUCAGUAGAGGAAAAAACAUUGUUGUCCUGCAAGUAUGAAAUAAUGUAGUGCCAAAUACUGCACUCAAGCAUACCAGUUGUUUUGAAAUGCAGGUUUUAAAAAUCAUCGUUGAUUUGAGAAGAAGGUCGGGAUGUGGUACACAGACAGCAAAUUAAAACAGCCCCCAAUUGUAUACUACAUACUAUGCAGUAUGUGUGAUGUACUGAUCUUUGUAGUGUGCUGGGUUUUUUUUUACAGUUGGUAUUUAGAAAAUCAACAUACUUAAUAGUUUAUAAUACAAUAUGGAAUCUCACCAGACGUAUCUGUGAAACAGGUGUUUUAAGGCACAGCCAAAUGGACUGACAAUCUGCUUUGAAUUAGUGAGCAGUAUGGAGCUGGAACUCAGCUGAGACAGGGCAAUGCACUCGCUUUGUUAAGCUGAAUGUAAGCUCAUCAGGAGGGAUUCUUCGGAGGCGAGAGUGUUUGCUGUUUCCGACUUUCAGUUUUACUUUCAGAGCAUGAUCAGGCGGAGGUGGAGGCAUUGGGAGCAAACAGCAGCUGAUUGGUCCGUUACGCUGGUGAUGUCACAGGCCAAGUCAGUGGUGUCUGUAACACUGAACAUCGCAAAACUACCAACGCACAAACUCUCAGAAUCAGUUGGAUAAAUUCUGCAGUACUUUAACUUUACAUACAGCGCUGAUUGUUUAUUUAUUGUGUGUUUGUGUUCGUUUAGCAGCAGCUUUAAAUUAAUGUGUUCUGCAAGCUGCCGAUUUGGUUAGAGCUAGGGCUCUGCUCGUGUAAUGAAUGCUUUGGAGCUGAAGUAUAUUGAUUGUACAAAACAACACGCUGUUGUUCAAAUAAGUCUUUCAGCAGCUUCAAGUGACUUUGAGUCUUGAAAAGAAACUUUUAGACUUUCAGGGGAAACUCUGUUCUGUUCGCCCAUCCUCUGUUCUUGCUGGUGUGCAGCCUUGGAUGGAUGCAGAAGAGAGUUUUACAUUAAAUUAACUCUAAUGAGGUCACAAUGUAAUAGACAUAAUAUUUUCUGGUUCAUUUUAUUUUAAAAAUGUGUACAGAUUUCAUAUCUUUGAAUUGUUUACAGCUAGUUAGUCAUGCUUCAUCCAAACAAGUUGACACAUGCCAACAUGUAAAAAAAAAAAUAUAUAUAUCUGUUUUCAGAUUGAUUUGACAUUUCUUUGCAUUGCUGUAUUUAGUGUUGGUGUGUUAUUUUUUUGUGAAAUGAUAUGUUCAGUUUUGAUAAGGUGCUGUAUAUACAGGGCUCCUGAAGUGACAUGCAGAAAGAAAUCCCACAGUUUCCAGUGUGCACUGGUAAUAGUGUAGAGCACAUUAGAAACUCUGGUUCUUGUCCACAGACACAUUCAAGUUUGAGUUUAUUUGUCUUAACAAACCACAGAAAUGAAUGUUUUGAUGAACAGCAAAUAUAUUAUAACUUAAUGAAGUUUUAAUAUAUUACUAGUUGCUGUCUGGUGGCUGUUAUUCUGCACCGAGGAUACAAAAUGUAUCUGUAGCUAUAUUUUCAUCAUGGACCCUAGACAUAAAGACAUUGCUGCUGCUGCUGUCAUCACAUUAUUUUCAGAAGCCAUUUGUUGCCUUCUGCUGCCACUCUGAAUACAUCUAAGUACACAAGCUUCAGUAUGUUUCCAGCACAAAGCUUUCUUGUGGGAUAGUUAACUUGUACUGAACAUACAAUUUUAGUUUAAAGAGCGCACCAUAAAGUUUGUGGAAAUGUUUUGUGCAUGCAACUUCAAGGGCUCUACACACUUUAUUCCAUUCAUUUCAAGUGAGAAAAUAAAUCCGAAAUGAGCCAUACUUACCGGCAACACCUGCCAUACAAAUAGGAAUAUUAUGGCUGAUUGUUAAUUCAUCAUCACUAUCACAUUGGGUGGAUGUUACCAACAAACUUUCUUAAUUUUUGUGGAAUGGAUGUUUUACAGAAGAUAACGGCCAAAUGGGGGGGAAAAAUGGGGGCUCAGGAGGUGGAGCAGGAAUGCCGCAGGUAAAAAGGAUGGCAGUUUGACCCCACCUCCUCCUGGCCACUUGUCCUGAAGACUUGUGAAGAUCUUUGUGGGAGAAAACAUUUUCUUUUCUCAAAUUGAGAUUCAACUUUCAAAAGUCAAAAGUUUUUCUACCACAUGGCCCUAAUCUUUUUGUGUGUCGGUGUGUGAUUUCAUAAAAUAUAAAAUAAAUAAUCUUUAUCCUCCGGGGCAGAAUAGUAUGUCCCCUGUUGGAUAUCCUGUGGCACUGCUGGUCAGAGUGGUGGGUUAGAGUGAGGGUACUGGAUGGUAAGACCUCUUAUACCAAAUCAUCAUUGUGCCUCCACAUUAUUAACACCUGUAUGUACAUGUACUGUAUAUGUAGUUGUGGGGCAUUUUAUGGCCAAAUAAAGGGUCUCUACCCUGUUGAAAAGU